UGCAAAAAAUCUACAUUGUUCUAAUAAAAAAUCUGUAUCUGUCUGUAUUCAAUGAAAAUAAAACAAAUUUUGGUGAUUAAGAAACGUUCGAGAGUCCUAAACAUCAAAAUAAAUACUAAUUUAAAUUAAGACCUUUAACAAAUUAUUACAUUGCACAAACCAACAGCUCGAUAGUUUGGAAUGUCAACGAAUUUAAAACGUGAUUUGUUGAGGAAGUUGCCCUAUUACCCUGCCUAUGGAAAAAAAACAUUCCAACUUAAUAAUGUGUAUUCUGUGUCAAAUAUAUUAUGAGCUCAAAAAUUCGAAUAAUCUGUGUAAAUGGUAGCUCUGAAACAGUACUAGUUUACUGUCAAAAAAGCGAGGUUAAAUUGGGUUGGUAAAGAACUCUUCAAUUCAUUCUCAAAUACGCUGAUUUUUUCAUCGGAUUACAAUCAACGCAUGGCCCUACAAUACCAAACUAGGAAUCGGUACGAACGUAUUUACUUUAUCGUGAAAUAUGACGACCGUCCAGCUUCCACCGGAGCUUUGGGAUCGAAUAUUCGACUAUCUGCCGUUCCAGCAACAGUUGCAGAAAGCGGUAGUGUGUCGUGACUGGAACGAGCGUGUUGCUAGGAGGGCGAACUUUUCGCUCUCUUGUCCUGCCCACAAUUCUCAUAAUCACAUUGGCGCUAUACGGAAUUCAAUGCGGAAUUAUAAAAGCUUCAAAUUGGAACGAUUGCAAACGGAGCAGGAAUACGUUAACAGUCAGCAAGCCAUUUUAGAAUGUAAACAAAGGUUUAGCAUCUGGAAGCUAUCGCUGAGUACUGUAUCAAAUGAGAUGUUGGAACGAUUUGUUGACGAGCACUACGAUUGGAUAUGCACUACGCGAAGUUUGUUACUUCAAUUAGCUGAGGGAGAAAAAUUUCCCGUUGAUGUGCUGGCGAGAUUAGUGAAUCUUCGAGAGCUACGACUACUGAAUGUUACCGAUACGAAUGCUGAUUGGACGCGGCUUUGGAGUCAGUUAAGGCUUAUUCGCGUUCUAACGAUAGAUGCAGCAUGGCACUACAAUGAUGAAGCUUUAGGCGAUUUGAUGGAAUCAGUUUCUAGUCACACAAGUCUAAUCGAACUAACGAUACGCUCCAACGACACUACCUGUUUAGCGAUGAUAGCCAAUAAGUUGAUACAUCUUGAGAAGCUUGCACUGAUACGAUUGACGGUUCGAUUAGAAAAUGUGGAACUUAAUUUUCCUUCAUUGAAACACUUGAACCUUGAUAUAGGAUGGUUUGUGUUUAAUAGGCCCUACCUCAACAUAAACGCACCGAAGCUUAAAUACCUACGUGUGUCAACAAAAACGAUUCCUUUCGUUCGAUUUACCGAUCGAACUAAGAUUCUACAAAUGGAUCUUUUCGGUUACAGUAUAUCCAGUCCACAUCCUUGUUUUUCGACCGUGGAAAAAUUGGGUUUGACAAUACAGGAACCUGCUAACCAGGAGUCAGUUGUGGAGGAAAUAAAGUUGUUCCCGAACGUCGACACACUUGUGGUGAAACUAAUCUCGAAAGAUUGUGCUAUUGCAGUUCCAUGUGCUAGCACUUUUAUGCAUGUGAAAUAUUUACAUUUGAACAAUUUCGUGCUUUGUAUAGAUUUUUUUGAACAGAUUGCGCAAAUAAAACUACUGCAGCAUCUAACGAUCGAGGAAUGUAAUUUCUCCUUGAAGACAUCAAGUUACCAAGUGGACCUUUCUCAUUUGAGUUACUUUCGCGUGAAGCGUGUAUCGCUGCCAAUGUCGGUGGAAGUAUUUCCAGUUGUUGCGAGCGAUCAGCCACCGGUCGUGCUUAUCGAUAAACUCCGAACUCAUCUAUGGCGAAACGAUCACUUUAAUGUUUUCAGCUCAAAAUGGGAGUAACGGCUGUGAUUUGCAAUUUUUUGUAAGGAGUGAUUGAAUCGCUUCGGCGAUGUCAUAUCGUAUUUGUUACAAACACUAGAUUACAGGAAACGGAUAUGACGCAACGAAGACAUAUGAAAUAGAGCUAUAUGCUAUAUUCCUGCCUAAGGAGAAAAUUGUUUUAAAAUCACGUUAAAAGUGAAGGGUGCAAAACCUAACUACAAUAAGCUAAGGAAUUGGCGUUUCGACUUCGUCUGCUUCAGUAUAUUCGUUGACUUACUUGUUGGAAACAAGGUUCGAUUUCAGCAUGUUUCAUCGGCAAACAGAACUUUUGCUCUUGCGGGUCUCGCGUCAGCCUGGUACUUUGGUCAAGUCUCGACAAACAUAUGAUUACGGCCUAAAAGCCAACUGUCAAAAAUCACUUUGAAUGGAAAUUCCGGACAAACCGUAACGCGCCAAUCACAGAUGUUGGUAGUAAACGAAAGAGAAAAGUUUUCUCUUUCAUAAACUGUUGUGAACUGUGUUCGACUAGUAACGGUUUGUCCGAAAUUUCCAUUCACAGUGGAUUUUGACAGUUGGCUUUUAGGCCGUAAUCAUAUGUUUGUCGAGAAGUGGCAAUUUCUGAAGAGGCGAAAUCGAAAUGGAAAUGAACAACUGUGAUGAGUGGAUCAUACUCGGCCUCGACAGCCUGGAUUAAGGUGUGGCGGGAUUGGGAUCGAAGGUUUUUUAGUGAAUUCCAUCAUAGUGUUAUGUCUGUUAGUCUGUGAUCUGGUGACCAUCAAUCGGUUAUAUUCAGCUCUGGAUUCACUACCGGCAGCGUCGGCCUGACUCUGUAGACAGACUUGUGCCAAAUACAAAUUUUGUAUUUGCUUGUGCUCAGGUUAGGUUCGCGGUCGUGUCCGUAGGGUCGCGCCCCUGUAAGCGUUAGUGUAAUGUCCCUGGACAGUCGAUGACAGAUAGAGAGGGUAGGCGAAAAGGAAAAGAAAAAGUGGUCAGUUGUUAGAAAUGCGUACAGGGAUAGAGACUGGAAAGGAUAUUUGAAAAUUGGAGAAUAUAUAACGAGUUGGUUAUUGAAUAAACGGUGGUUUUAAUUGUUUCCCGAAUCCGCUCCUUCACAAAUCUGGCGACGAGG